AUGAGGAAAGGUUGUUUCAGUACGAUGUGUGUGCUCUGCACUGUGGUGGCCACUGUGUCUGUCGCCACCCUCAUCGGCAUCUGGAUCUUCCAGCUGCUUCCGUCCAUAGACCCUCCCGCUGUAUUAUGGGACAGCUACCGGCUUCCCACAGCGCUGCUCCCAGACACCUACCACGUCUCCCUGUGGCCGCGUCUCCGACCGAGUCCUGCCGGCAUCUACGUCUUCACGGGAAACUCGACUGUGGUCUUCCGGUGCGUGCGGGAGACGGACCUGAUCCUCAUUCACUCCUACAAGCUCAACCUGACGGCAGAGCCCACGCUGACUGCCCUCAGUGGCACGCCUGCUCCCAUCAUACACUCCACCUGGAUGCAGGACACCACACAGUAUCUCGUGAUGCAGCUAAACAGCAAACUAACGGCAGGAGAAUCCUACGUGCUCCGCACAGAGUUUGUGGGGAAGCUUGGCAAUGACCUAGAAGGAUUUUACAGGACCGCAUACAAGGAAGGUGGAGUGAUAAGGACUGUAGUUGCCAGUAAAAUGCACCCCAUCCACACACGCAAAACUUUCCCCUGUUUCGACGAGCCGGCUAUGAAAGCUGUCUUCCACAUCACACUCCACCACGAUCGAGGGACUGUUGCUCUCUCCAACAGCAUGGAAAUACGGGAUAAAGUUGACACUGUGGUCGAUGGCACGCCUGUCACCAUUACCAGGUUUAAACCCACAGAGUACAUGUCUCCCUACCUGCUCUCAAUGUUUGUCAGCGAUUACACGAAUGUCCAGUCAAGAGAAGACACUCUGCAGGUGCGUGUGUGGGCCCCCCCCGGCGCGGUGUCUCAGGGGCUCUGCGCCUGCGCCCUCAGCCUCACCGGGCGCCUCCUGCACCUGCUCCAGGACUACUACAACGUCACCUACCCGCUCCCUAAACUAGACCAGGUCACUCUGCCGGACGUCCACUACGGAGGAACGGAGAACUGGGGGCUCAUCACAUACAGAGAGAAGCGUCUCUUCUAUGAGCCACGUAUCUCCUCCAACAGGGACAAACAAAGCACAGCUACUCUCAUCGCCCAUGACCUGGGCCACAUGUGGUUUGGGAACCUGGUGACUCUCAGCUGGUGGAAUGAGGUUUGGCUGAGUGAAGGAUUGGCGUUGUACAUGUCUUACCUCAGUGCAGAUUAUACUGAACCCAACUGGAAUCUGAAAGACCUGAUAGUAUUGAACGACAUCCAUCGAGUGUUCGCCGUGGACGCACUGGCGUCUUCUCACCCCCUCUCCUCUAAAGAAGAGGACAUCAUGAAGCCAGAGCAGAUCAGUGAGCUGUUUGACACCAUCUCCUAUAGCAAGGGGGCACCAGUGCUAAGGAUGCUGUCGGGUUUUCUGACAGAGCCCGUCUUCGUUGGAGGGUUGCGUACAUAUUUGCAGACAUUUGCGUAUAAAAACACAGUUGUCUCAGAUUUGUGGGAUCAUCUUCAAAGAGCUGUUGAUGCUAAUGGAACUGUUCGCCUCCCUCGGCCUGUCCGUGAGAUCAUGGACCGCUGGGUUCUUCAGAUGGGUUUCCCACUGGUCACCAUUAACACCAGAACUGGAGUUGUCACUCAGCAACACUUCCUGCUGGAGCCCGACGCUGCUGUGGAGACGCCUUCGGAGUUUAAUUACGAGUGGAUCGUUCCCAUCACCUGGAUGAAGUCGGGAAUGGAACAGAAACCUGAUUGGCUCCUGCAGCGGAGUGAGAUUCACAGUGACAUGAAAACAGUGGGGGAUGAAUGGGUCAUGCUGAACGUCAACCUCACCGGAUACUACAGAGUGAACUACGACUCGGAAAACUGGGAACGCAUCCUAGAGCAGCUCCGGACGGACCACCAGGUCAUUCCAGAAAUGAACAGGGCACAGAUUGUGGAUGACGCCUUCAACCUUGCAAGGGCUGGAAUAAUUCCUGUUGCUUUAGCCCUGAACACAACAGUGUUUCUCUCAAAGGAAACGUCCUAUAUACCCUGGGAAUCGGCACUAAUGAACCUGGACUCUUUCUACCACACGUUUGAUCAAACAGACGUCUGUGGAAACAUGAAGAAAUACUUCAAGAAGCAAGCAACACCUCUUUUUGAACACUUCAAGGCUAUUACCCCCGGGUGGAUGAGAGUACCCGCUGGACACACAGACCAGUUUGACCGGCUCAAUGCCUUCAGAGUGGGCUGCACUGCUGAAGUAGAUGCUUGCCUCAACCUCACUGUGUCCUGGUUCUCCCAGUGGAUGGAAGAGCCCGCGCAGAACCCGGUUGACCCAAACCUGAGGUCCACAGUGUACUGCAGUGCCAUAGCUGCAGGGGGCGCUAAAGAGUGGGAGUUUGCCUGGAGGAUGUUCCAGAAUACCAGCGUCGCUACUGAGGCAGAAAGACUGAUGUCUGCGCUGGCGUGUACCAGAGACACACAACGUUUAGAAAGCUUCCUCAGUUUCACCCUGAACCCCGUGAAAAUUCGGAAGCACGAGGCCACCUCAGUGAUUGUGCAGGUUGCCAGGAAUAAAGCUGGCCGUGCGCUAGCGUGGAACUUCGUCAGACAGAACUGGAAGUACAUUUUCACUGAGUAUGGAGCAGGCUCGUUCUCAUUCGCUGAGCUCAUACAUGGCGUGACACAGGCGUUCUCAACACAGGAUCAGCUCGACCAGCUUCGGCGGUUUAAGGAGGACCACUCUGACAUAGGCUUCGGUCCAGCAGCCUGGGCCUUGGAGCUGGCCAUGGAGAAGACGAAAGCCAAUGUGAAGUGGGUCACAGAGAGCCAGCCGGAGGUCAAGGAGUGGCUCAGCGCUGCAGCUGGACGAGCGUAGCCCUGCUCUGGGCUGGGGUCACCGGCACCUCCCUGCACACACGUGUUUGUUAUCUGAGUUCAC